AUGGCGUUGGCGAGAACGUGGGGAGACGAGCUCACCCUACGGGCGUGCUCCGACGCGUUCCAGUGCGUCAUACACGUGGUGCAGUCCACGGCGGAGAACUGGUACCUGGUGUACGAGCCGCAGACCGAAGAGGGGGACGGGCGGGAGUCGCGGCGGCGAAAGCGUCUCUUCCUGACGUACGUGUCGCCCGUGCACUACAACUCGUUCACGCGCGAGGGGGAUAACUGA